CAGCAACAGGGGGAAUCAAGUAGGCUGGGCGCCCCGCACCCAGGCGGGGGAGGGAGCGGCGCCGCCGCCGCCAGUUCCGCAGGGUGGGGCGUCCCCCUCCCCACACAGCCCAGCUAUAGCAGGCCCUCAGGCCAGUGGGAGGAGCUGCUCGUCCCCCCUCCGGGGGACCACAGGGCUAUAAAGCUGCCCGGCAGCUGUCUGCGGCUCCUUUCCGCCCCGUUCUAACUCUGAGAGCGGUGAUCACCAGCAGUCAUGAGCCACCAUCCGUCGGGCCUCCGGGCCAGCAUCAGCUCCACCUCAUACCGCCGCACCUUCGGGCCUCCACCCUCACUGUCUCCCGGGGCCUUCUCCUACUCGUCCAGCUCGCGCUUCUCAAGCAGCCGCUUGCUGGGCUCGGCAUCCCCAAGUUCCUCGGUGCGCCUGGGCAGCUUUCGUGCCCCUCGAGCUGGGGCCCUGCGCCUGCCCUCAGAGCGCCUCGACUUCUCCAUGGCCGAGGCCCUCAACCAGGAGUUCCUGGCCACUCGCAGCAACGAGAAGCAAGAGCUACAGGAGCUCAAUGACCGCUUCGCGAACUUCAUUGAGAAGGUGCGUUUUCUAGAGCAGCAGAAUGCAGCCCUGCGCGGCGAGUUGAGCCAGGCCCGGGGCCAGGAGCCAGCGCGCGCCGACCAGCUGUGCCAGCAAGAGCUGCGAGAGCUGCGGCGAGAGCUAGAGAUGCUGGGCCGUGAGCGCGACCGGGUGCAGGUGGAACGAGACGGGCUUGCAGAGGAUCUGGCGGCACUCAAACAGAGGUUGGAGGAAGAGACGCGGAAAAGAGAGGAAGCGGAGCACAACCUCGUGUUCUUCCGCAAGGAUGUGGACGAUGCCACCCUGUCCCGCCUGGAACUAGAGCGCAAGAUUGAGUCCCUGAUGGAUGAAAUUGAGUUCCUCAAGAAGCUGCACGAGGAGGAGCUGCGAGACCUGCAGGUGAGCAUGGAGAGUCAGCAGGUGCAGCAGGUGGAGGUAGAGGCCACGGUGAAGCCAGAGCUGACCGCGGCGCUGAGGGACAUCAGGGCGCAGUAUGAGAACAUCGCAGCAAAGAAUCUGCAGGAAGCAGAGGAGUGGUACAAAUCCAAGUAUGCAGACCUGUCCGAUGCUGCCAACCGGAACCAUGAGGCCCUGCGCCAGGCCAAGCAGGAGAUGAACGAGUCUCGACGCCAGAUCCAGAGCCUGACAUGCGAAGUGGACGGGCUGCGCGGCACGAAUGAGGCGCUGCUCAGACAGCUGCGGGAGCUGGAGGAGCAGUUCGCCCUGGAGGCAGGUGGGUACCAAGCCGGGGCUGCGAGGCUUGAGGAGGAGCUGCGACAGUUAAAGGAAGAGAUGGCGCGGCACUUGCGUGAGUACCAGGAGCUUCUGAACGUCAAGAUGGCCCUGGACAUCGAGAUAGCAACCUACCGGAAAUUGCUGGAGGGCGAAGAAAGCCGGAUCUCCGUGCCCAUCCAUUCCUUUGCUUCUUUAAGUUUAAAGACAACUGUGCCUGAGGUGGAGCCUUCCCAGGACAUCCACAGCCGGAAGAUGGUUCUAAUCCGAACAAUUGAGACCCGGGAUGGGGAGCAGGUGGUGACAGAGUCCCAGAAGGAGCAGCAUAGUGAGCUUGACAAAUCUUCCACUCACAGCUAUUGA